GGACGAGACCAAUCUACAUUUUUAUACCAAUAAUAUAACAUUUUGGCGAAUGAAGAGCUUCACGCCCUUCAGCAGAUUAAAUGGGUAUUUUAAUUGUGGUCUAAAGUUGAUCACAUACAUCAAGUAAAUGGCAGACAUGUUCUCAAAGUCUUACAAUCAAGUAAAAAAAGAUUGGGAGAAGAUUGGAAAGCUUUAUGUUUCGCCAGAGGUAGUGGAAAAAGGCAACGGGUUUGACUCAUGCCUAGGGUUUUAUGACCCCGGGAAAAAAGUGAUGGUCAAGAGGAGGAAUUUAUCGGUGGAGAACCUCGAGAAAUCUGAAAGAGAAUAUAGUAUUUUGGAGGACUGCGAAAAACACGAAAACAUUCUCAAUUGGAUCACUCUCGAUAAGAAUGAUGAAUUUUCCUACAUGUCGGAAGAGCGUUGGAGUUUCACGCUAGAGAAGCUCGUGAAUUACUUUCGAAGCACCAAGACAACAACUAAACUACCUUGUCCAAAACCUCUUGAACAAUAUAUCAUCAAUACUGGUAUGAACCUAGGAAAAGAUAUUGAUGCUCUCAUGUUGAAGCUGAUGGAGGACGUUGCUAAAGGCUUGAAUCACUUGCAUGAGAUGGGUUUUUUUCAUCGAGAUUUGAACCCACAGAACGUAGUCAUAGUGUGUGGAAGAAAAUCUAUGACAGCAAAGAUUGCUAAUUUCUGUACCACUGAACGUAUUAGCAUCAAUCGGCGGAGAUCUAAAGUUACAACAAUAAACCAUUAUACUACGGGUUUUCAACCUCCAGAACAGAUUAAGAACAAUAAUUUAAGGAAAAUCGAUGGUGUUGGUAUAACUCCGGAAACUUUAAAAGUUGAUUUGUUUAGUUUUGGUUGCGUUAUUUUCUACUCGUUAACUUUGGGUGAGCAUCCUUUUGGAGCUCCUCAUGGCUCCAUACCUCAAGUAUGCGAAUCAUAUAUCUGUCGGAAUCAGCUCGCGCUCCACCAUUGUAAAACAGAAGAAGCUAAAGUUCUUGUCGCCAAAUUGCUGCACCAUACACCUAGUGCACGUAUCACUAUAACUUCUGCGUUACACGAUCCUUUGUUUUGGAGUUUUGAGAAGAAGUUGGCAUUUUUCAAGGAUGUUAGUGAGAUAAUGGAGAAACAAGAAGCAACUGGACAAAUGUUAGAAAGCUUCCUGGAAGUCGAGAGACAAAAUGUUAUAGGAACUGCUACGAGCUGGGGUACACUGAUAGAUCCCCAGUUAGUCACUUACAUAACUGAUCCAACCAAUCCAAAUAGAAUCGAUCCAAAUAGAUUGAUGCAUGCAAAUGUUCGCCGCUUGGUACGACUAAUUAGGAACCACCACAGUCACUUCAUACAACUUCCUGCAAACAUCCAGGCACUUUAUAGGGGAACGGUUCAAGGACUAGAGGAAUAUUAUCGUGAGACAUUUCCUAGGUUGCUCAUGACAGUCUAUUCAGUCGUCAUCAUGCAUAAGAAUGUGGUUGGGUCGGAAUUCGGAGAGUACAUUACAAAGUACUAUGCAUAAAAUAUCAGAGGAAGAGAUGUGUUUAGGAGAAGAAUGAGUGUGCUUUUUGCUACUACGUUUACUCAAACAUUUGAGCUUAUAGAGCCAUGAGUAAUGCAUAGUGUCUAAAUAAAUGUCUAAACUUGUU